AUGGACAACGUCUCGCUUUCCAACACCACAGUGAAGAUCUGCAACAUGAGGGAAGCGUCGUUUCUGCUGCCGGUCUGCACCAUUCUGGCCAUCGUCACUUUGGUAACUCUGUGCGGAAAUGUUCUCGUAAUUAUUUCCAUCGCGUAUUUCCGGCAGCUCCACACCUUAACCAACUACCUGGUCCUCUCCCUGGCUGUGUCCGAUCUCCUCAUCGGCAUCAUGGUUUUACCCUUCGUCAUUUUUUUAUUCGUGACGCCCUGUUCGCCUCUUCACGACGUUCUCUGCAGAGUGCGCGGGUUCUUCGAUAUGCUGCUUUGCUUGGCGUCCAUCCUGAAUCUGUUCUGCAUCUGCAUCGAGCGCUACUACGCCGUUUGCCAGCCGCUGAGCUACCAAACCAAAAUCAACUCCCGCAUCAUCUUGGGUAUGAUUUUCAUGGUGUGGAGCCUGUCGAGCGUGUUGUCUUUUGUGCUAACGUUUGGCGGGAACAAGUCAAAAGAACGUUGUGCCAUUGUCCAGAUUUUGAAGCUGUCCGUCAUAGCGGCCGUCAUCGCGUUUCACAUCCCCUUCGUGGUCAUGUUCACGCUGUACAUGAAGAUUCUGCUGGUGGUGCGGAGGCAAGCGCGCAGCAUCCACACCGCCAGCUUAUCGGACGGGGUUAGCAAAGCGGAGAGGAGGGCCACGUUGAUGCUGGCCAUGGUGAUCGGUGUGUUUUUCAUUUGCUGGGCCCCGGUUUCCAUCUGCGCCACGUACCAGCCCUUCAACCACUUCUCCCUGCCCCUCAAGGUGAUGGAGAUCUUUAAGUUCUUGGCCUGGUUAAACUCCAUGCUGAAUCCGUUCAUCUACGCGUACUCCCACAGCUUGUUCAGGUCCGCCUUCAGGUUCAUCCUCAUGGGGAAGAUCUACACCAAGAUCGGACCGAACGCUAGACUUCAGUGA